UCCUUUCUGUUUCUGUCUGUUCCUAUCCGAAAACCUCUUUGUGAGGCUACCUCUCAGCCUCUCACUCAUUCCCUCCCCCCUCUUCACCCCCUCUGCAUCCCCCUGCCUCCAGCACUUGCUGGGAACCAGCUGAGAGCAUCCUUUGCCCAAAUCUGCUUUGCUUCUCAGGCUCCUUUCCUUCCUCCCAUAUCUGAGCCCAUGUUCCGGGGACUGGCUGGAAGUCCGGAGCGACCUCCGGAGGGAGAGCUGGUACCCGGAGGCAUCUCUUAGGAUGAACCCAGCGCAUCUCAUCCCUGGGACUCUGCAGAAUGGCAUAGAGGAGGCGUUUUAAGCAGGCGGGAGCUGGGCUUGCCGCAGGACCCCGACUGCCAGGCACUGGUGAAGCGUGUGCAGGGAGCCUCUGUUCCUGAAGGAGGGAAUCAUGGCUUUCAUGUUGCUCACCCGGCGGCUGGCCUGCACCUUCCAGCACAACUACCGCCUGCUCGUGCCCAGCUCCAGACACAUCAGUCAGGCCGCAGCCAAAAUCGACGUCGAAUUUGAUUAUGACGGGCCCCUGAUGAAGACCGAAGUCCCUGGGCCUAGAUCUCGGGAGUUAAUGAAACAGCUGAAUAUGAUUCAGAAUGCAGAUGCUGUGCAUUUUUUCUGCAAUUACGAAGAGAGCCGAGGCAAUUACCUGGUCGAUGUGGAUGGCAACCGGAUGUUGGACCUUUACUCCCAGAUUUCCUCUGUCCCCAUAGGCUACAGCCACCCCGCUCUCCUGAAGCUGGUCCAACAGCCUCAAAACGCGAGCACUUUCAUCAACAGACCUGCCCUCGGAAUCCUUCCCCCAGAGAACUUUGUGGAGAAGCUCCGGGAGUCCUUGCUCUCGGUGGCUCCCAAAGGAAUGUCCCAGCUCAUCACCAUGUCCUGCGGCUCCUGCUCCAACGAAAAUGCCUUUAAGACCAUCUUCAUGUGGUACCGGAACAAGGAAAGGGGCCAGACGGGUUUCUCCAAAGAGGAGCUAGAGACGUGCAUGAUCAACCAGGCCCCCGGCUGCCCCGAGUACAGCAUCCUCUCCUUCAUGGGCGCGUUCCACGGGAGGACCCUGGGGUGCUUAGCGACCACGCACUCCAAAGCUAUUCACAAGAUUGACAUCCCUUCCUUCGACUGGCCCAUCGCACCGUUCCCACGGCUAAAAUAUCCUCUGGAAGACUUUGUGAAAGAGAACCAGCAAGAAGAGGCCCGCUGUCUGGAAGAGGUAGAGGAUCUGAUCGUAAAAUAUCGGAAAAAGAAGAAGACGGUGGCCGGGAUCAUCGUGGAGCCCAUCCAGUCCGAGGGCGGAGACAACCACGCAUCCGAUGACUUCUUCCGGAAGCUGAGAGACAUCUCCAGGAAGCACGGCUGCGCCUUCUUGGUGGAUGAGGUCCAGACAGGAGGGGGCUGCACUGGCAAAUUCUGGGCCCACGAGCACUGGGGCUUGGCUGACCCGGCGGACGUGAUGACAUUCAGCAAGAAAAUGAUGACAGGAGGCUACUUCCACAAGGAGGAGUUCAGGCCCAACGCCCCGUACCGGAUCUUUAACACCUGGCUGGGGGACCCUUCCAAGAACCUGCUGCUGGCCGAGGUCAUCAACAUCAUCAAGCGGGAGGACCUGCUGAACAACGCGGCCCGCGCCGGGAAGGUCCUGCUGACGGGGCUGCUGGACCUCCAGGCCCGGUACCCCCAGUUCAUCAGCAGGGUGAGAGGACGAGGUACGUUUUGCUCCUUCGACACUCCCGAUGAGUCCAUACGGAAUAAACUCGUUUCAAUGGCCAGAAACAAAGGCGUGGUGCUGGGAGGCUGCGGGGACAAAUCCAUCCGGUUCCGCCCCACUCUGGUCUUCAGGGAUCACCACGCACACCUGUUCCUCAACAUCUUCAGUGACAUCUUAGCAGGCUUCAAGUAAAGGAGCCAUCUCCCCUGCGCUCUGAGAAAGCCCCGAUCUCAACAGUUGUCAAAUUGAUUAGUUUGCCUAAUUCAUGUUUUCACUUAAAGGAUCAGAGGCGAA